ACGUGAGUGUUCAUUCGUGACGCGGCUUAAGAAACUUUCUUUCUACGUACGUUUCUUUUGAAUAGCUUGCAUAUUAUGGCAUACAUAGCAAAGUAAUAUGAUUUUCUCGAUGUUACGAAAUUUCUUCAACGAUAUCUUCGAUUUUUUGAUAUGAUUCAAUUAUACAUUACAAAACAUUAUUUUAAAAGAGAGUAAUAGGAUAUAUAUUUAAUAUUAAAAAAAUAUAUUUAAACGAGAGUAAUAGGAACUUUUAAUAAGUGUUAAAAUUAACGAAUUACUUCUCUAUUAAAAAGUUAUCGAACAAAAGACACAAUGCACAUACAAAACAUGCGUGGAUGUAUUCUAUUUCUUAUAAUCUUCAGUAUAUCUGAAUCCAUCUCGAAUAGUAAUGCGGCGUCCGCACAUAUUCAUACUCAUCAACACAAUAGAGGUGAAGGCAAUGAAAGAACACAAGACGGUGCGUUCAGUCCACGGGGUAUGGACCACUACGUAGGUGAUGAACAUCAUCAGGAGUUUGAUCACGAGGCAAUUCUUGGAAGCGUUAAAGAUGCAGAAGAAUUUGAUAAACUUCCAGUAGAAGAAUCAAGGCGUCGAUUAGGCAUAUUAUUAACCAAAAUGGAUUUAAAUAAUGAUAAUUUCAUUGAAAGAAACGAAUUGAAAGCUUGGAUUUUACGUUCAUUCAGUAUGCUCUCUACCGAAGAAUCACAAGACCGCUUGGAAGAUGCAGAUAGUGAUGAGGAUGGUAAAGUCAGUUGGGAUGAAAUUUUACAAGAUAUUUAUGGAUCAGAUCCACAAGACCUUGCUCUUGAUGAUCAACUCAUACAUUAUGAUAAAGAAACAUUUGAUGCAGCAGAUUUAAAUAAAGAUGGUUAUUUAGAUUCAGAAGAAUUUAAGGCAUAUACUCAUCCAGAAGAAGUACCUAGAAUGUUUCCACUAUUAUUAAAACAAGUUCUUGACGAAAAAGAUAUUGAUAAAGAUGGUUGUAUCAGUUUUCAAGAAUAUAUUGGAGAAAGAGCAAAAUCUGAGGAUAAAGAGUGGUUGUUGAUUAAAAAAGACAAAUUUGAUCAUGAAUAUGACAAAAAUGGAAAUGGUAAACUUGAAUCUGAUGAGAUUUUAUCAUGGCGUGUACCAAGUAACGAAGAAAUAGCAAACGACGAAGUUGAUCACUUAUUUGCAGCAUCUGAUGAUGAUCAUGAUAAUAGAUUGUCAUUCGAAGAGAUUUUAGAUCAUCAUGAUACAUUUGUAGGUAGUGAAGCAACUGAUUAUGGAGACCAGUUACAAGACAUUGAACGCUUUACUGAUGAACUCUGAAAAGUUUAUUUUAAAUGACAUUUAGAAUAUUUUUAUUUUUUCCAAAUAGAAAUUACAAACUCAUAAUAUUUAAUACCACUGUUUCGAACUUUGUUGGUAUCGCCAUUUAUACUAUAUUCGAAAUGCAUAAUAGAUUAGUGGAAAAUAUGAAACUUAAAUUUUUAAAUAUCUGCACAAAUACUUUUUUAAUAUUUGUAUGCUUUCAAAAAAAUAGUGCUGCGUAAAUCACCGUCUUCCACUAUCUACAAUUUUAGUGCCAUAAUACUGGAUAAGAAGUCAUUUUUUUCAUUGUAGUUAUCGUCUUAGUAAAAGUUACCAUAUAAAUAUCACACAUUAUUAUUAAUAUAAUUAUUUACUGUAUAUCAUAUAUAUAAGCAUAUGUUUAUAUCGAAAUCAUUCUAUAUUUAUGUUCCUAUAUUUUCCAAAUACAAUCAUUAUAAAUUUCAAUUACAUAUUUACGAAUUAUAAACAAAAUUUAUACCUUACUUGAGUUAUGGUAUAAUGUAUGAAUAUUAUCGCUAUGUAAAUUCUAUACUGGUAAUGUAGUGUACUUCUCUUGUCACCUAACGCUCUAAAAUAUUAAAUUGAUUUAUACAGAAAUAUAAAUCAAAAAAUAAGAAACUAAUUUUGUACAUUUUUAAACAUUUCCCGCGUAAAAUUGUUGAUAAAGAAUAGAUAUAAUUCAAAAAAUUUACAAAAUUGAACAAACAAAAAUACGAUAACCUAACUUCUAUAUAAAUGUUUGAUAACGAAAAUCUAAAACUUUACUUUUAAUUUAAUCUAUCUAUAAUUGAACUAAACAAUACACCAUAUUCGAAAUUUAAUAACUGAAUAAUACGCUAUUCAAUAUCAAGAUUCCAUUAUUUACGCAAUAAAUAUAAAAUACAAAGAAAAAAAUAAAUUAAAAAUAAAAAUA